UCAACUGCCCAUUUUAAUCGGUUUGUAACAUGCUUUAGGGUAAAGCUGACGAUCAACAUGGUUGGAAGGUGCUUCAAAAUGAGAAAUUGGCGAGGCUAAGAGAGAAGCUCCAACUUCGUAAAGAACAACUUCUGCAAGGGAAGGCUAAGAUUGGGAAGAUGUCUCGUGAUCUUCAAGUAAAAUAUGAGUUGCUUGAAUCAGCACAUAAUACGUUGGAGAAGAAUUGUGUGGAACAAAUUGAGAAAUAUUAUCCUAAUCUUAUCCGCACACAAAGUUUGGGGCAUAUGGCAAUUACCUCUGAACGUUUUCAUAAACAAUCUGUUAUUGUAAAGCAGAUCUGCAAGUUGUUCCCUCAGCGCCGUGUGAAUGUAGAAGGAGAAAAAAAAGAUGGUUAUACUGGUCUAUACGAUACAAUUUGUAAUGCACGCUUGCCAAGAGGCCUUGAUCCCCAUUCAGUUCCAUCUGAUGAGCUUGCUGCCUCUUUGAGCUAUAUGGUGCAACUUCUAAAUCUUGUUGUUCGUAAUGUCUGUGCUCCUGCACUUCAUAACUCGGGUUUUGCGGGUUCCUGUUCUCGAAUAUGGCAGCGUAAUUCUUUCUGGGAUGCACGUCCAUCUUCCAGAAGCAACGAAUAUCCGCUUUUCAUUCCUCGCCAAAACUUUUGCUCCACGGGAGGAGAAACUUCAUGGUCUGAUAGAAGCUCAAGUGAUUUUGGCGUUGCUUCAAUGGAGUCUGAGAGAAAACAUCGUUUAGAGUCAUCUGCUAGAAGUAGUUUCAAUUAUUCUGCUGCUUCCCCUCAUUCGGUAGAAACACACCAGGAUUUGCAGAAAGGCAUAUCACUCCUCAAGAAAAGUGUGGCAUGCAUAACUGCAUACUGCUAUAACACAUUAUCUUUAGAUGUUCCUCCUGAGGCCUCAACAUUUGAAGCAUUUGCUGGGUUGUUGGCAAUGCUUUCUUCUUCCAAGGAAGUUAGUUCUGUUUUAUCUUCGAAAAGGGCAUCAUCAAGGUCAUCCAAGCAAGUCCAAGAAUUCAGUAAGUCUGUAUGGAAUGUGGAGUCAGCCAUUUCAUCGAGCACAUUGAUGGACAGUUCACAGGUUCUGCCUAUAGCGAGAAAUGCAUUCGAUAACCAGCUUCCAAGUUCAGCUGCAAGUUACCUUUUUGCUCCUGAAUUUUCUGAUAUGGGGAAGAAUGAAAACCUAAUUGAAGGAUGGGAUAUUGUUGAGCGUCCUACAUUGCCGCCGCCUCCAUCACAAACGGAAGAUGUAGAGCAUUGGACUCGAGCAAUGUUUAUUGAUGCAACGAAGAAGUGAUUCUAAGUUUCAAUGGCCGACUGCUUUUGAUGUAUGAGACUGACAACUGUUCAGUAGCAAGACUGGCAGUACGAAAAGCCUGUACAGUUUCUCAACCGGUCUGAUUUUAACAUUCUAUGCAUGUAAAUACAGAGUUUUAGCAAUGGUAUCUAAAUUUAGGUUUAAAAAAAAAAAAAGAAAAAAGAAAAAAAAGAAAAAAAUUAUCGUACCAUAUGUAUAGUAGUGCAUACUUAGAAUGAACAGUAGUAAUAAUGUUUUGUAAGCGAUGCAAGAGGAAAUUUAUGUCUCUUUUCUGCUGUCAAGUGUUUGUGUGUGGGUUAUGGAACAAAUUGUAUUAGUGAUCACUCUCUGUAGUCUAUAUAACUGAGAUACUUGGUUUUGUAGUUAUAACUCUUGUAUGCAUUUUGUUGCUGGAAGACCUUUUUCCGGGUUACUUAGGUUUGGCUUCUACUAUUAUGGAAAGUUUGGCAGUAUUGUUUAUGAA